AUGCUGCUUCAUAAAUCCUCUUUCUCCCUCAAACCCACAUCUCUUCCUCUCUCACACCUCUCUCUCACAUUCAAUCCCAAGUCGUUUGCGGCUCGGUUUGUGGGCCAAGCGGUUGCUAUAGCGGGUGACAGCACCGGACAGUACCUUUACCAAUCACUGCGAUGCCGCAUUAGCCAACACUACACUACAGAGGACUGGGAUCCGAAACUAGCUGGGUGGACGGGCCAGGGCUUUAAGGUGAAGCUGCUGGGCACACGAGUCAUUCUGGUGGACACUCCCUUCCUCAUGGAGGCAUGGCCGGAUGUGGAGGGUGAGUCCAAGUCCUCUCACCUCUGGCACAUGCAACUGGGCACAAUCAACCACAAGAUCCUCGAGAUGCUGUCCAAUAUCCCCCAGCUUAAAGCCUCUCCUCCUCUCUUCUCUUCUAUUGCUCUCUCUCUCUCUCUCUCUCUCUCUCUCUCUCUCUCUCUCUCUCUCUCUCUCUCUCUCUCUCUCUCUCUCUCUCUCUCUCUCUCUCUCUCUCUCUACUCCUCCCGUCCCUCAGGGCGAAUCUAA